UGCGGCGGACAGGUAGACGGCUACCCGGUAACGUGGGCCUGGCCCGGGAGGCUUGGGCGCGCGCAGCCAGCCCCGGCCACGCCAGGGACCGAGGGACUCAGGCAGGGGCGGCCGCUGGCGGGACGGGAGGCUGGGCGAGGGGCCUCCGCUCGCUCACCAUGGUCGAGGGACGCUUCUCCAAGUUUCUGAAGAAACUCGCCUUCUCGGGCGGGGGCCACCAGUACCAGCUGCUGGAGAGGGGCGAGUUGGAAACCUUGAUUGACGGACAAAAUGAGUUGAAAGCCAUCGAGAAAGAGAAGACGGUGGUCGCUCUGCCCGCCAAGGAAGCAAGCAAAUGCCACAGAGAGGAUCUGGCCAAAGCAUUUUAUGUGGAUUUACAGAACGGACUGUCAGAGUUCUCGGUGACACAGCGCAGGCUGGUCCAUGGCUGGAAUGAGUUUGUCGCUGAUAACACAGAACCCGUGUGGAAGAAAUAUCUCGAUCAGUUUAAGAACCCCCUGAUCCUACUGCUUCUGGCCUCUGCCUUGGUGAGCGUCCUCACGAAGGAGUACGAGGAUGCCAUCAGCAUCGCCAUGGCCGUGCUAAUGGUGGUCACCGUCGCCUUCAUCCAGGAGUACAGGUCAGAGAAAUCUCUGGAAGAGCUGACCAAGCUGGUGCCUCCCGAAUGUAACUGCAUAAGAGAAGGAAAACUCCAUCACCUUCUUGCUCGAGACCUGGUGCCUGGAGACAUCGUGUCUCUCUCUAUCGGAGACCGGAUCCCUGCAGACAUCCGUCUCACAGAGGUCACAGACCUCCUGGUGGACGAGUCCAGUUUCACGGGAGAAGCUGAGCCGAGCAGCAAGACGGACACCCCGCUGACGGGCGGGGGCGACCUCACCACCCUGAGCAACAUCGUCUUCAUGGGGACCCUGGUGCAGUACGGGAAGGGACAGGGCGUCGUGAUCGGCACAGGAGAAAGAUCCCAGUUCGGAGAAGUGUUUAAGAUGAUGCAGGCUGAAGAGACGCCUAAAACUCCUCUACAAAAAAGCAUGGACAAACUGGGGAAGCAAUUGACACUUUUCUCAUUCGGCAUAAUUGGCCUGAUCAUGUUCACGGGCUGGCUGCAAGGGAAGCAUCUCCUCAGCAUGUUCACCAUCGGGGUCAGCCUGGCUGUGGCCGCCAUUCCCGAGGGUCUGCCCAUCGUCGUCACAGUUACGCUGGUCCUGGGAGUGCUGCGGAUGGCCAGGAAGCGGGUCAUUGUGAAGAAGCUGCCGAUCGUGGAGACUUUAGGUUGCUGCAAUGUCAUCUGUUCUGAUAAGACGGGGACUCUGACUGCCAAUGAAAUGACUGUCACCCAACUUGUGACGUCGGACGGGCUCCACGCCGAGGUCAGCGGAGUUGGCUACAACGGCCAAGGGACUGUCUGUCUUUUACCCUCAAAGGAAGUCAUUAAGCAGUUUUCCAACAUCUCAGUGGGGAAAUUAGUGGAGGCAGGCUGUGUCGCCAACAACGCCACCAUCAGAAAGAACGCCAUGAUGGGGCAGCCCACGGAGGGCGCCUUGGUGGCCCUGGCAAUGAAGAUGGGCUUAAGUGAUAUUAAAGAUUCAUACAUGCGAAAAAAAGAGAUUCCAUUCAGUUCGGAACAGAAGUGGAUGGCGGUUCAAUGCAGCCCCAGGAAUGAGGAGCAGGAAGACAUCUACUUCAUGAAGGGGGCCUUCGAGGAAGUGAUUCGUUACUGUACCAUGUACAACCAUGGGGGUAUCCCCCUGCCGCUGACGCCCCAGCAGCAAGCCUUCUGCCAGCAGGAGGAGAAGAGGAUGGGGUCGCUUGGCCUGCGGGUGCUGGCCCUGGCUUCUGGGCCUGAGCUGGGGGAGCUGACGUUCCUGGGUCUCAUCGGAAUCAUCGACCCUCCGAGGGCUGGCGUGGAGGAAGCGGUCCACGUUCUCUCUGAUUCGGGCUUGUCCGUGAAAAUGAUAACGGGAGAUGCUCUGGAGACGGCCUUGGCGAUAGGAAGAAACAUCGGCCUGUGCAACGGGAAGCUGAGCGCCAUGUCCGGGGAAGAGGUGGAAAGCGCCGAGCAGGGCGAGCUGGCCGAGCGCGUCGGGAAGGUGUCUGUCUUCUUCAGGACCAGCCCAAAGCACAAACUCAAAAUCAUCAAGGCUUUGCAGGAGUCGGGGGCGAUCGUGGCCAUGACGGGGGACGGGGUGAACGACGCGGUCGCCCUGAAGUCGGCGGAUAUCGGGAUUGCCAUGGGGCGGACAGGGACGGACGUCAGCAAGGAGGCCGCCAACAUGAUCCUGGUGGACGACGACUUCUCAGCCAUCAUGAAUGCGGUGGAGGAAGGCAAGGGGAUUUUUCAUAACAUCAAGAACUUUGUCCGAUUUCAGCUGAGCACGAGCAUCUCGGCCUUGAGCCUCAUCACUCUGUCCACCGUGUGCAACCUGCCCAGCCCCCUCAAUGCCAUGCAGAUCCUGUGGAUCAACAUCAUCAUGGAUGGGCCGCCGGCGCAGAGCUUGGGGGUAGAGCCGGUCGACAGGGACACCCUCAGGCAGCCGCCACGGAACGUCAAGGACGUGAUACUCGGCAGAGCCCUCAUCCUGAAGAUCCUCCUGUCGGCCGCCACCAUCAUCAGCGGGACCCUCUUCAUCUUCUGGAAAGAGAUGCCCGAAGACAAGGCAAGCACCCCGCGUACCACAACCAUGACCUUCACCUGUUUCGUGCUCUUCGACCUCUUCAACGCCUUGACCUGCCGCUCCCAGACCAAGCUGAUAUCCGAGAUCGGCUUCCUCAGGAACCGCACGUUCCUCUACUCCGUGCUCGGGUCUGUCCUGGGGCAGCUAGCGGUGAUAUACCUGCCGCCCCUGCAGAAGGUCUUCCAGACGGAGAACCUGGGGGCGCUCGGUGAGUGGGAGGGGUCACCCGGGACUGCAGCCGUCCUUGCCGCAUGCACGGGGCAGCUGCAGACCUUUCUGGGCCGUGAAGUCCCCGCAUGGGGCCUUCCUGUCCCCAAAGGACUGGGCUCGUUCCUGGACAUCUGCACUGGGUAGGAGGGCGUCAUGUGAUGGGGGGAGUGGAGAAGGCGGGAAACAUGGGGGUACCUGCUAGGAGUCAAGGGAGGGCAUAGGGGUCUCAACGUCCUGGCCCACCCCCUCCCCGCCCCACAGCAGGAGGCUCAGAGUAGGGACGGUGAGGCCCAGGGGCAGCGCCAGGAUGGACCACAGUCUGGGCUCAGCCUGUGAUGUGCUGCCCCAGCUUAGGAGUGAGGUUACCCUGUUGGGGGUUUUAACAGGGCCUGUGUCACUGGGACCCACUUACCCGGAGGCAGGAGUGGGCCAGCAAGCACUUCCUGCUGAAAGGGCCACAUGCAAUGACCACAGCUCUCUGGGCCCCAAGCACACAUGCCACGUGGGGCACCCCAGGGACUGCCCUGCAUCUUCAGCAGGCUUCUCUUCGGGAGCUGCGCCGGGUGGCUUGGCCUCCUCUGCCUGAAACGGUGGUGACGGGGACCUGAAGUGGGAGGAGGGGGCCUGGAGGGCACCAGGGUGACCGCCGACCCAGCUUUCCGUCUGCAAUCCCAGACCCCACCGGGGAGCCAGAGGGUGAGGGGGCUGGGGAGGCAGCCCCCCAGGGCAGCCUCCAAGGCAGAGCACAGGGUGGGGCACAUCCCGGGAUCAUAAAAUGCUCAGCAGCGUCCGAGGUGGUGGAGACAAGGGCACUGAAAACCUUUGGGCAAGACUGGGAACCCCCAGCUUCUCCUUCCCCAAAAUCUAAAAAGCAGGGUCCCUGAGGGUACGCAGAAAGGAAAAAAACCUAAAAAUGUUUUUUUACAGAUGUCUCCAUCCACUGGGAAUUCAGGAAGCUUCCCAAGUCUAAAGGAAGUGCAGGGCCUGUGCUGGGCACCAUGUCCGUCACGCACCGUUGACAGCAGGGAGCCCAGAAAAGGCUCAGGGGGAGAAUGUAGGGGUCAGAACUAGCCGGAAUCGGGCGGGACUGGGAGCCUGAGCUGUGGCGGGGGCGUCUGCCCAAGGCAGGGUCUCCUUACAGCUGAGGCUUGCAGCCUGCCCGCCCCCCAGCUCUGAGCUGCCUGCAAAGACCAGCUGGUCCUGGUGGAGCUGGCUCUGCAGCGUUUUGGAUGCUGGGCUGGGGAAAUCUCUGCCCCAUCAGGACAGUGGAAAGUCUGGUCCUCAGCUCCCGGGUCCUGGCCCCUCGCCUCUGUGACUCAGAACGAACCAGGCACGGGGAACGGAACUCCGCGGCCCCCUGGGCUCCAGUGCUGGGCAGCACAGGGCUGGGGACCAGAGGGGCCAGCUUGCACUCUCUGACCUUUUUCUCUCUUCACCUGUUGGCAGAUCUAUUGCUUUUAACUGGAUUGGCCUCCUCCGUGUUCGUUUUGUCAGAGCUCUUCAAACUAUGUGAAAAAUUCUGCUCCAGACCCCAGAAAGCCCAGAUCCACCAGGAAGAUGUAUAGUGGACCCCGACCCAUGUAAAAUUCCCCUAAAUCUAUAUUUUUAUGUGACUGUGGCCCUCCCCCUGCCCCGCCUCUUCCAAGAGGUGCUUUCAGGACACCGUGGCGUCAGGUCACUCACCUGGCUAUUCCUGGGAAACCGGCGGGGAGCUUGGGCUCAGCCUUGCGUCCAUCCACCACUGUGUCCCGCCAGGCCCUGGGACAAGCAGUGAAGGACCUGCACAGAAACACCUCACUAUUUAUUAAAUCACAAUGAUUUUUAUUAA